AUGGGGAAAGAGUGCAAAUAUUUUCCUGAAGAAUGCUGGGAACUAAUAUUCAACCGUAUCCAUUGCCAAUCUGACUUAGAAUCAGUUUCUUUAGUAUGCAAACAGUUUCUUGCUCUCACCAAUAGUAUACGCUUCCAUUUGUCUGUAAUACACCACGGUACCCUAUCUAAACUCAUUCACCGAUUUCCGAAUCUUAUUUCUAUUGAUCUUAGUGAUUUCCACGGUGAUCUUGAUUUUAUUCUUUUUGACCUUGCCAAUUGUGUUUCCAAUCUACGACAACUUGAUAUCUCGAAUCACCAUAAAUUACCCGUCGAGGGGUUGAAGGAAUUGGGACGUAAAUUAAAGGGUUUGAGGGUUUUGAAGUGCAGAUAUCUCACUUUUAUACGUGACUCUUGUUUGUAUGCUAUAGCAGAGUCAUUUCCGUUUUUGGAAGAACUUGAUAUUAGCUAUCCAAGGACGAGUUGUGAUUUUGCCGUGACUGAUUCUGGGAUGGAGUUCCUAUCGGUUAACUUGACAAAUUUACGUAAGAUCAAUGUUUCUGGUAAUAAGCGUAUUACUGAUAGGUCCCUUGUUGCUCUUUCUAAGAAUUGUUUGAAUUUACAAGACAUUCAGGUGGAGGACACUUCGGUGACUUUAAAAGGGGUCCUUUCUGUACAGCGGGCUUGUGCUUCUUUGAGUUGGAUUUCGGUGUCCAAGAUUCAAGAUGGUCUAUCAAGUUCCGGUUUUGAAUGUUUGGCCACUUGUAGCCAAGCUUUACAGACACUCGAAGUUUCUGACUCGACUAUUUCAGAUGAAUUCCUCUUCUUGUUGGCCAACGCUUCUCUGCCUCUGCAUAAGCUUUCGCUUUCUUGGUGUACAAAUUUCACAUUACCGGGUAUCUCUUUGCUUCUGUGUGCGUAUCGGACGCUUCAGUGCUUAUCUCUGGUUGAUGUAGAUUUUUUAACUGAUGAGUCUAUGAAUGAUUUAUCCAAAUAUCUACAAUGUCUUGUUACCAUUGAUCUUAGCCAGUGUUUGAAAUUGACCAUUUCCACGUUCUUCACGCUUGCAAGAAAUUGUCCUUCUCUGGAAGCAGUUAAGAUGGACAAUACUGGUUGGGGUAUGAAAGAUUAUUUUCAUAAUGGUCUGAACAAUAAUGGUUUGGGGAUGAAAGAUUAUUCUCAUAAUUGUGUGAAGAACCCAAGAAUCCGGACUGUUAGUUUGAAAUUUAAAAUGUACCUGAAUGAUGACUCUCUCGCAAAAGUUGCUUUAAUGUGCCCCAACAUGGAGAUUCUUGAUGUGUGCUUGUGUGCAAGUCUUACAGAGGUAGGUCUUGCCUUUGUUCUUGAUGUAUGCAAUCAGAUAAGGAACUUGGAAUUUGGUAAAUGCCCAUUGAUUAAACACAUCGGAAAAGGCGCUGAACUGACUAAUCUGGAGGUAAUCAAUGCAGCUGGUUCCGCAUUAAGUGAUGAAGGCCUGGCCAUGAUUGGGAACAGAUGUUCUCGCCUAUUGAAGUUAAACUUGGAGAACUGUAAAGGAUUGACAGGAAAGGGCAUACAGGCAAUGGUGAAAAACUGUACAACAUUGAGAGUGAUAGACUUGAAGAGGUGUCAGGUCAGUGCCAGUUCUCUAAACAGUAUAGUGUCUUCAUCUUCAUCAUUGAAGAGAGUUUUCCCACCCAGUUCUGAUGGUUCUCAUGAUAGCUUGAGGGGAUUUUCCUUGCACAAUGGUUGUCUGGUUUCAUCAAGCUAA